AUGGCGAGUUCAACGCAGGCCUAUACCACAGCGACAACGACACAUUGGUCGGUUACGAAAGGACAAAAACUGUCGAGGGUCUAUGAGUUGGCGCCCCAAACGACACCCUUUUCUGCCACAGACAGCGUCUGCUCUAUCAUUCCCAAGGGAAUUCGGUGCGAAGGGAAAGCAAACGAAGUAACGCCACGGACGAUUUGUUGGGGGCUUCAGUUCGUGGAGGAAACAACAACGUCGUUCCCGGCACAAUGUUUCCCGAAAACCUACACCAAUAUCUUCAAACCUUUCGACGACUUCGAUGACGUGACCAGUUUAGCCUACCCAGGUACAGCUUGCAUCAGCGACUGGACGGCGGCGUGCACCAAGACCUUGGACCUCACAAGCUCACAACGAUACGUCCAAGUAUGGUGCUGUCCGCCCGGUUGGAACUGCUACGACCCACCUACAGGAAAAGCCGACACCCGUGAUUGCUACAGCAUUGUCAGUACGCCGACCGACAUCUGGUUCUAUCCCAUCGUGACGACGGGACGGAGCGAUAGUACUAUUACGACGUCUUGGACGAAGGUGCCUCUGACAGAUCUCCCGAACCAAGGCCCUAUUGAAGUUCAUCACCCCGUCUUUCCGCUCGAGGUGCGCAUUCCGACCCAAGACAACAAAACAGAAGCCUCUGGCCUGUCAACAGGAGCGAUCGCCGGGACAGCUGUUGGGGUCAUAGUUGCAGUUCUCGCUCUCGUUGGUGGCGGGCUGUUCGUGUGCCUGCGAAAGAGGAAGCAAAAGGGAGCAGCAAGAAUCUCACAGAUUGCUGCUGGAGAGAGAGAUAUCCACCAACGCGGCUAUGAUAACAAGCAGGAGCUCUCAGGGGAUCACACUCAUGAGACCAUAGAACUGAGCAAGACAUCACCGCCCCCUGUCGAAUUGUCAUCACAAACUCGGGCUACAGAAGUAGAGGGAACACUUCGCCCUGUGGAACUGGCGUGA